AUGCUGGAAGAGAUCUUGAAGUUCAGCGGUUCGGGGGGCCCUAGUAUAUUGGACGAUGUGGCUGAGGUUCAGAGAAGAGAAAAGGCGAUUCCUAAGUUAUGCAGCAAGAAGGCUACCUACGCCCUAGCUCUGGAGACACAGACGCUCUUCGCAGGGAUAGAAACUAUUUUUAAGAUAGAGAGUGGUAAUAUUUCUGGACCCAGACAAGGCGGCCACAACCCUCCUGGGGCAACAACCCUCCCGCCCGGCUGGUUUUUUGGAACCUCUGCAAACACUUUCUCCGGGGUCAGUUUCGCGCCAAACCGGGACGGAGGAUGUCCAGAGGUCCCGGGAGUGGAAGCCGCUGUCCCUGUGUCCACUGGGAAGUGGGCGAGGCGGGAUGCUGCCGGCCAGGCUGCCCCGGGCGAGGACCCGGGAACACUCACUUGCUCGCUGGGCCUCGGAGGGGUGGGAGGGGCGGGGCGGUGCGCAGCCUCCCCCUGUCAGGUCUGCGGUCCGGGCCCAGCCAGGCUGCACAGGCGCGUAGGGCGCACGUCCGCGCGCCGGGGCUGCCAGGUGAGUCGCGCGCGAUCGGGGAGCGGGGCCCACGGGUCGGAGGGAGUGGGUGUGGGGGACCCUGCGCUGACCCGGGAGCGGAGCCGCAAGGUGCCCGAGGAGCAUGGGAAGGAGCGCCCCCGCACGUCCCCGCAGCAGGCAGGGGCAGACGGAGCAGCGCCCCCUUCUUCUUUGGAGGCAGCAGGAGCACCCCAGAUCCGGUGGCGAGAGGCAGAGGUUCAUUUUGCGGAACAAAAAGCCCAGGGCGAGAAGACAUUUGACUUGGAGAGAACUGGGGGAGUUAGGGAUUGCUGAUUUCAUCUCAUAACUUUUUUUCACACCCAAGCGAGGGGUCUGGGAGGUGGGCAGGGAGAGUGCUUAGGAGACAAACAGAGUUAAUCCCUCACCCCAUUGAUCACCGCCCCGCUGAAUGUUCUCAAAGCUCACCCUGCAUCGUGGUGGACUGUAUGGUGUUGGAAACGACCAAAGACACUGCCCCACCCCGACCCUCAACAAGCAAGGAAAAUGUUUCCCCUGAAAUGUCUUUCUUCUCUGUCUUGUUUUUUUGUUUCGUUGCUAUGGAUUCGUGAACUAGCUUGUAAUGGUCUCUAAACCUCUAAAUUGUAUGUAUAAUAUUUACGUGUCCAUGCAUGCAUUUUUCUGAAGCGAGCUUUCAGAUAUUGUGUUUGUUUCUCCCUAAGAUUAAAUAGGCAAAACCAUAUCUUUGGGCUACAUCAACAUGACCUCUUAAUAGUCUUCAGGGAAACUGAGUUGCAGAUUCUUAUUUAAAGAAUUGGGGAUUGGCCGGGUGCGGUGGCUCACGUCUGU